AUGGUAGCUAAGAACAACCAAAUUCCAAACGAUCACCUUCGUAAAUACUGGUACCACCGCGUAAAGACAUUCUUCGAUGACCCGGCUCGUGCUCAACGCCGCCGCAAUGCUCGCAAUCUUCGUGCUAAAGCAAUCGCCCCACGUCCAGCCGAGGGACCACUCCGCCCAAUUGUUCGCUGCCCAACAGUUCGCUACAACAUGAAAGUCCGCCUUGGCCGUGGCUUCACACCAGCCGAACUUACAUCUGCUGGAUUCGAUCCAGCUCUUGCUCGUUUCCAGGGCAUCGCUGUUGACCAGCGCCGUGCUCACUCUAAGGAUGCCUUAGUUAAGGAGAACGUUGAACGCCUUGUUGCUUACAAAUCUCGCCUUAUCAAGGUAAAGAAGGGCGAAACAGCCGAGCAGGUUAACGAUGAGUCUCUCUUCGCUCUUCCAAAGGCUAAGAAUGAAAUCAAGUUCCGUGUUAUCAAGGCUGAAGAGGCCAAGAAGGAUCUCUUCAAGGAGAAGACAGAUAAGCUUAAGGCUUUCCGCGAGGCUAAGAAGGAAAAGGCUGCUGCUAAGCACAAGAAAUAA